UCCAUUUUAAAAGGUGACAUAACCAACAUAACCUAACCUCUAAAACUUUCUUAAAAAGAGAUCAAAAGCGAUGGCGGCCGUAAUUCGCCUUCAAAAUUCAAUUGUUCGAAGAGUUUUGCCUACAAUAAACAAAAGAUGCAUAUCGACAUCAAAAAAGAACAGCGAUACAGCUACAGUUGAUGCUGAAUCUAAGUCGACUACGUCUGUGACGACCAAGAAUUGGGUGUCCUAUGGUUUUGAUCGAAAAGAUGAAGCGGAGGAUCGGAGGGGAAUGCAUUCAACAUUCUUCUUUUCGGUAACACUUUGUUUAGUUUUCGGGGGUUUCUUCUGGGCUUAUACACCAGAUUAUAACUUGAGAGAUUGGAGUCAAAGGGAAGCAUUUUUGGAAUUGCGUCGUAGGGAGAAAUUAGGAUUACCUUUGGUUGAUGCAAACUUGGUUGAUCCCAAGAAAAUUCAGUUACCAUCUGAUGAAGAAUUAGGCGAUACUGAAAUUAUUAUUUAAAAUUAUUAAAAAAAUCUGUAUUGUACAUAAGUAUUGGUAAUUAAAAAUAAAAUAAAAACAAA